AAGUGGACGCAUUGCUCAUGUGCUGUAAAGCUGGAAACUCGCGAAGUGUGAACGGUUUGUGCGAGUGUAACAUAGCAUCUAACAAGUUGUCUGAAAGUUUACUAUUAGUGGCUAUAAAUGCAGGGUAGAGUGCUACACUUAUUCAGAGUUUUAAGGUGUUGCCAACUGGUAUGCUAGUUUUGUCUGUAAAGGCCAAGUGAUUGAAAACUCGCUCAAUUUAUUUCCCUCCAGAUUCUCAAACUGUGGCUAAUGCUAGCUAAUAUUGCUGUAAAGGAAGAUGCCCCCGAUUACUUUCAAAGGGGUAACUGUGGAGUUCCCUUUCGAACCUUAUGAAUGUCAAAAGGACUAUAUGACCAAGGUCAUCGAGUGUCUGCAAAACAAGGUAAAUGGGAUUCUUGAGAGUCCAACCGGCACGGGUAAGACCCUCUGCCUGCUGUGUGCAACCCUUGCCUGGAGAGACUACUUCAAAGACACCAUUUCGGCUCGGAAGAUCGCAGAGAAACUGGGCGGGGAAGAGCUGUUUCCGGACAGACCCCUGUCGUCGUGGGGAACGGCUGCCACAGACGGCAACACGCCCACGUAUUACACGGACAUCCCUAAGAUUAUCUACGCCACUCGGACCCAUUCCCAGCUCACCCAGGUCGUCGGCGAGCUGAAGAACACUUCGUACAGGCCGAAAGUGUGUGUACUGGGCUCCAGGGAGCAGCUCUGUAUCAACCCUGAUGUGAUGAGGCAAGAGAGCAACCAUAUCAAGGUUCAUAUGUGUAGAGCAAAGGUGUCAACGCGCUCCUGCAUCUUCUACAACAAUGUUGAAGAGAAGAGCACCGACAAGGAACUUGCGAACUCGAUCAUGGACGUCGAAGACCUUGUGAAGUUUGGGAACAAGGGGAGGGUCUGCCCAUACUAUCUGUCUCGAAACCUGAAGCAGCAGGCUGACAUCAUAUUCAUGCCCUAUAACUACCUCCUGGAUCAUAAGAGCCGCAAAGCGCACAGUAUUGAGCUGAAUGGGGCCGUGAUCAUUUUUGAUGAGGCUCACAACGUGGAGAAAAUGUGCGAGGAAUCCACCUCCUUCGAUCUGACGCCCUACGACAUGACGACCGCCAUCAAAGCGGUGGACAACCUCUUGGUAGAGCAGGCAAGGGAUGCUGGGAAGGAAGGGGUGAACGAGGACUUCAACGUGGACUCUCUGAACUCGGGUUUGAAAUUGGACAUUACGUCUAUCGCAAAAAUAAAACAAAUCCUCCUGGACCUGGAGGCUGCUAUCGAUUCCUUUGAAAUUCCUGAUGGCAAAGGGGUGACCAAGCCUGGGAGCUUCAUAUACGAGCUGUUCCAGAGGGCCCAGCUCACCUUCGUCACCAAGGCGGCCAUCUUGGAAGCUCUGGAACAGAUUACUCUGUUCGUUUCAGGGCCUGGAAUUUUCCACAACACGUCCGGAUUGCAGAAGUUAGCGGACAUCAUUGAGCUGGUGUUCUGCGCAGAGCCACCAGAGGGCAGUGCUGGAAAGCACAUUGCAGACAACACUAAAGAGUUCAAGGUUCACAUCCACCGGGACACCAGCCACAAUCGGAAAAAACAAGCCGUGGACGUGUGGGCCUCAUCGUCCUCGAAGAAACAAGGGAACAUCCUGAGUUACUGGUGCUUUUGCCCCGGGUUCAGCAUGAAGGAGCUGGUGCGCCAGGGGGUCCGGAGCAUCAUCCUGACCAGCGGCACCCUCUCGCCCCUCUCCUCCUUCACCUCCGAAAUGCAGAUACCUUUCCCGGUGCGUUUGGAGAACCCGCACGUAAUCCAGCGAGACCAGAUCUUCGUCAGCGUCGUCGACAGAGGGCCCGAUGGCGUGCAGCUGAGCUCGGCCUUCGAUCGGAGGUUUGUUCCUGAAAACAUGGCUUCGCUGGGCAAUACCAUCGUAAAUUUGGGACGGGUUGUUCCCCACGGCCUACUGGUGUUCUUCCCCUCUUAUCCAGUGAUGGAUAAGACCAUCGAAUUCUGGAGGGCUAACGGGCACGCUGACCGAAUAGAGAAACUGAAACCCAUGUUUGUGGAGCCGCGAGGCAAGGGGACCUUCACUGAGGUGAUGGAUGCUUAUUAUAGUAAAGUUGAUGAUCGUGAAACGAAAGGAGGCAGUUUCUUUGCAGUAUGCAGAGGAAAGGCCAGCGAAGGGCUGGACUUCGCGGACACCUACGGCCGUGGUGUUGUCAUCACCGGCCUGCCGUUCCCGCCCAUGAUGGACCCGAAAGUCAUUCUGAAGAUGCAGUACCUCGACGAAAUGUGCAGAAAGGCUCUGGGUGGAGUCAGGUAUUUGUCCGGGCAGGAGUGGUACCGACAGCAGGCGUCCCGGGCAGUGAACCAAGCCAUCGGCAGGGUGAUCCGGCAUUGCAGCGAUUACGGGGCCAUUUUCCUGUGCGAUCACAGGUUUAAGAGUGCCGAUGCUCGCUCUCAGCUGCCUUCGUGGGUGAAGCCGCACCUCCGUUCGGACGAGAAGUUCGGAAACGUGGUCCGCGACGUCGCGCAGUUCUUCAGAGUCGCUCAGAAACUGAGACCCCCACCGGAGAAGAAGGCCGUGGCGGCCGGCCGCGGGGCCGCGUGGUCCUCGGAAGCCGGGGCCUCCAGCAGCGGGUCCCCCAGUGGUGGGUCCCACCGGCCCUGCCCUACUCUUCUCAGCUCUUUCAUGCCCAAGGCCAAAGCUCUGGACUCCCACGUCCCCAGCCUGAAGAAACGCAGGCUCGACGACCAGGCGACGGGGGGCGGAACGGCCCGGCUCUGCAUCCAGUACGAGGCGGAUAUGGACGACCGGAGGAAGCCGACAGGUCUCCUGGACGCCCUGGAGGACAGCGACAGGACCAGGCGGGACGACAGGGACCACCUGCCGGGCGAGGAGAAGGCGAGCCGGCUGUCCACCCUCUCCCUGCAGCAUGACAAACGGCUGGACGACGAAUCGCGGGGCGGAAGGCGCAAAAUCCGAUUGGUCCAGGAGCCGAACAAAAUGCUUCCUCAAAGUUCUCAAGAGGAAACCAAAGCAGAAAAGGCCAAAUUGCUUAUUGCGGCAAUGAAGCGGUCACUAAGUCAGGUGAACUCCCACAAAAUCCUGGAGGCCCUGCAGACCUACAAGAGGACGGACGACCUGGACCAGCUUCUGCUGGUGUUGGUGGAGCUGUUCACGAAAGAUGCAAACACUCACAUCCUUCUGAGAGAGUUCUACCAGUUCAUUCAGCCUCACCACAAGAAGCGGUAUGAUGAGACGUGCCGGGAGCUGACUGGGAUUGGGUGUGGCUACAAGCCGGAGCACUCUCUGUCCAAAGCGCAGAAGGACAAGCUAAUGCAUCAGAGUGAUACCAGUGUACUUAUCAGGAGCGUGCACGUCUCUGACACGCCCUCUUAUGAGGAGCGUGCAGCGAAGGCCGAAAAGCAGACCUCCCUCGCUGCCCCCGCGUCCUCCCAUGAUCAGCUGAACACCAGCGCCUUCCUGAACAAAGGAGGCUCCCACCUUUUUCAUCUCGGCACCAGCACUGCAAACGGCGAGCCGCCAUCUCGGAAGACGGUCGUCACGCCUGGCCAACCUAUGCAGAAGAGCAAAGUCUAUUCUGCAUUUAUCGCCGACGUCAAGAAUGCAUUCGGAACGGAAAAGUUUAAACGGCUGUUAAUGGCAGUUCAGGAGUACAAAAAUACAGACAAUUAUGAAAGCAUGGUCUCGGAGGUCGUGAGUUUGUUCACGGAGAGAUCGGAAGGUUUUUCUCUUCUUAGAACCUUCUCCAUGUUCGUGCGGCCUCAGCACAAGGAGCGCUUCCUCAGGAUGGUAGAGGACCUAUCGGGGGGGGGCACAGCCUCGCCCUCCCGAGCUCCAGCAGCCGAGGACCCCCAGGUGCGCCUGGAAGCGCCAGGUUCCAGCGAGACGUCAGCGAGAGGACAAAGCAAGAUCUCCGCCUUCUUCUCUUCCAGUCAGAGAAAGUAGGCGUCGCCACCGUCACGCCGCGCCGCACAGCCAAGAGUUCCCCGCCUGGAAAGUUUGUCCGUCCUGCUCCCAAUGUGUCAACAUUUCCAGGACCUCCCGGCCUCGCCUGUAACAGAAACAGAAACCGGGGGGGGGGGGUGGCGGCUUUUCUUCUAAGCGGGUGUAGGCUCAAUGCAGACACAGAAGUUUUGUUUUGCAAGCCAAGGAUUUUCCUUUUUGGAUGGCGCAAGAUGUAUGGAACGCACCCUCCACCCGGCACCUCUGUGACUGGCCGCCCGGCCGGUUCUUUCAGUACUGGACGACGGUGCACGACUACCCUUUAAGGAAAACCGGGAAUUCAAGUUCACCUUUAGCAAGAAACUGCAUUUUGCUGGAUGUGAUGAAUGACUAUGAGAAUGGGUCAGGGUUCUGUCUAAAAACGAGAAUGUUAACAUUACAGUGCUGGCGUAGGAAAGGGCACGCAAAUUAUUAUAAUUUUUUUUUCAUUCAGUAUUUGCUUUGUUACAAUUUGUGAAAAUAACCAGCUUGGAAUACUGUUUAAAGAAAAUAUUUCAAAUGGUAAAAAUGUUCAAACUUGAUAUUAAAAUUAUUUUCUAUAAAGGUAA